UCUUUUCCCAUGUUCGUCAACAGCGAAUCAGCACCAAGGAAGUCAUAUCGUUUUCACGCCGCGAUUCGCACCUGCUGAUGAUCGGACGUGUCGAGCAUGCCCACUAUCUGCAGGCAAAUCAAAGAUGACAUUUCGGGAGGAAGCAACACUGGUGCCAACCCUGCGCGAAAGCGAAAAUGGCAUCCCAAGACCUUCGCAGGCUGUCUUCGAUGCAAAUCUAGGAAGAUCAAAUGUGAUGAAACCCACCCGGGCUGUCUGAGAUGUGCGAAAGCCUUUCUCCCGUGUCCUGGCUACAGACCUCCAACUGCCCGCCUCUUCGAACCUCGAUCCGGUCCUCAUUUCGACUCUGUGAUUGAUGAACUCAACUACAAACACUUCGUCCAUGUCGGAUCGGCAAUCCUGGCUAGAUUCCAGCUGAACGCCUUGCCGUUCUGGACACAACUUGCCCCUCAGCUGGGCGAGACAAACGAUGCCGUCAGACAUGCCCUGCUCGCCCUGGGAUCGAUACAAGCACCAUUACACCGCACCACAAUUCAGAAUCUGCCUCAAGACAAGAGGCCAGAGUGGUCAUUGGUAGCUUUGAAACAUAUCAGCAAAGCCAUGAAUCUUCUCCGAGCUGCCGAUCCAGACACAUUGUCGAUCGAGACUAUCCUGACCUGCUGUGUGCUAUUCUUGGCUGUAGAAAUAUGGACGGAGAAGAAAACGCAUUCGACUCUGCACAUCUUGGCAGCACAUAAUAUCCUCAAUGGUAAACGCGCUGCCUCGGAACAAUGCAAUGCGGUAACCACAGUGUACAAGCCCAUGGUCGACGAACUGAUCGUUCAGGCAUGCACGUUUGGCGACGAUUUCCCACCACCAGACUCCCAGCUGUCAUACUACUACGGACUUGACCAUGGACUGGCAAAAGUACACGCGAUACGGAAUUGGGAGGACGCCUUGGAUGUUAUGAUUCAACUCCUGAGAUGCAUCUUGAGAGUCACAUCGAAGCCAGUAUCAUGUCCUACCCGAAACAAAGUCUCAAGCGCACUGGUUCAAUUUGGCGAUGUGCUUGAGAAGCUACAAACAGCUGGAACGCCGCCGUCCGAUGGCUGUACGGCUAAAGAAGAGUACCGCCAUCUGCGUAUUCAUCACCGAGUCGCCCAUAUUAUGCUCCAUGCGUUAGGGCAAGGGGACGAAUCAAGCUAUGACGACCUUCUUGAGGACUUUGGCUUCGUGCUGACAUGUUGCAAGGCCAUGAUGACGGGUCAAGCGGCCCAAUCGCACAACCUCAUUUCCCCCACGCUUGGUCUUCUGCCUCCCUUAUUUCUCGUCGCCACCAAAUGCAGAGACAGUCUCAUCCGUCACGAAGCUCUCCGAAUACUCCACGACACCUCGGUCACUGAGCGGCAAUGGACAAGCUGCAUGGCAACAGCUUUAGCAAGAUUCGUGGUGGAACAGGAAGAAGAGGCAACCCUGGUUUCAAAACGCAUACGACUACUUCAUGCACACUUCUCAGGCGCCGAGCAGAAAAUGGAACUGCAGUAUGCGGUCUUCAUCGAUGGUCACCUCCAAGGAGCUCAUAAAGCAAUCCUUCCGUACGAGUCACAUCCGUCUGUGGAGAUCGAUGGUGUGACAGCAACAAUGUCGCGGAAGGUGUUGAGGGCGUGCGGUUAUACAGGUCUUAUGCUGUUCACGCCGCCUAUUGACUGUCAUUGCGUGGAGAGCUUGCUCCAACGUCUAUUUCAAAGAAUGAGGAACUCGUCCUGAAGAUACCAGAGUUCGUUACCAUCGACCAAUCCACAAACAUCUCCUGCCAUGAAAGAUGUGCUGUCAGACAGCCCCGUGAGGAAUGAGUCGAGGAUGCAGGAUUUUUGCAAACAAACCGCCGAACCAGGAUCUGGCUCAAUUGAAGCAAGUUCCAUGAUUCGCCAGGCUCGC